AACACAAGCAGCUUCUCAGCAUGUUAGCAAACAACAGACAAGUGAAGAAGAAGCGCCUUUUAGAUAGCGGCACCGAACAAACAAAUAUAUACUUUCUCUUACUUGAACUUAUGUAUUCGUGCGUUUAAUGACUACCUGUACGCGCCGCGGUGGCGUGACGAGGAGCUAGUCUCGGUGUAUAGAUGCAGCGGACCGGCCGCCUGACCAGUUAGGACUGUUGGCCCGACAGCUAACUGUUAGCUUGGAAGCUAACGCUACAACCCGCAGCUGGUCGCCGCUAGCUAGCUAGCAUCCAUGAAGAAACCCGACCCCGGAUAAAAUGUUGUGAAAAGGACCGACCAGCCGGUCUCGGGUUAGCUAGUUGGCCGCUCGUCCUCGAGAGAACACCGCAGAAUGACAGAGGAUGCCGUGCUGCUGGACGUGCCCGUCAUUCGGCAGCUCUACCACUGGGACUGUGGGUUAGCCUGCUCCAGGAUGGUCCUGAAGUACCUCCAUCCUGUCAGCGACGAGGAGUUCCAGAGAGCAUGCUGGGAACUCAAGCUGACCGAGAGCGUGUGGACCAUUGACCUGGCCUACCUCAUGAGCCAUCUAGGAAUCAAACACUGCUUCAGCACGCAGACUCUGGGUGUUGAUAAGGGCUUUAGGAAUCAGUCCUUCUAUAAGAAACACUUUGAUACAGAGGAAGACCGAGUGAAUGAGCUUUUCCUUAAAGCCGACAGCAACGGUGUAGUGGUAAAUAAAUGCUCGGUGACGGUGCAGGAAAUCCAUUCCCAUCUGGAGCAGGGCCACGUUGCCAUAGUGCUGGUUAAUGCCGUGGUCUUGACGUGUGAACUCUGCUCCUCGCCGGUAAAAUACUGCUGCUUCUUGCCUGUGGGCCAGAAGUGUUUCUGCAGGAAGCCGGAGUACCAGGGUCACUUUGUCGUAGUGUGCGGCUUCAACAGGACCACCGGCUGCGUUUUCUACAACAACCCGGCUUAUUCUGACCGAGUCUGCUGCACCAGCGUCGGCAACUUUGAGGAGGCUCGGCGGAGCUACGGGACAGACGAGGACAUCCUUUUGAUCUUUAAGGACAGUUGAUGGACGUUGAUGAUGGGUUUGAAUUUCACUCAUCGUCUUAGUGACCCAAAGCUGCAGGCCCAGUCCUGAGCUAGCGGCUCCCCCUGGUGCCGCUGAUCCUCUCCGGUGCUAAGAAGCCCAAUUGCUCACGCCUGCUGCAGAUUCACUGCUUUUAUUCCCUCUUAGAAGUCACUACUGCUCCACCACUGAAGGACUAACCGUCGGGAGUUUCAAAAAAAUAUAUAUCUUAGUUUCCGUUUUUUUUAAUUUCUCUUUGAGAUUAGCAGAUAGACCAAAUGGAUUUUAUUGAGUGUUUGUUGGAUUUUAAUGAGCUAUUAAUCUCAAACUAUGAGCCCAGUGUUUCAGUGGAUGAAAUGGGGGGAAUCAUGAGAAAAAGACUUUCCUGGAAAUUGUGUGCACGUUAUUCAGGGCUGAAAAUAACAUUUGAGUGUAAACAAUUAAUUUGUGUUGACGUCCUGAAGAGGCUCAUCAGCAGCCUCGCCCUCCACUUGCCUUUAAAAGAAAAGAAAACUCACCUUUUCGUCCCUUUUUUUUCUGCUGUUUCUAUCAACACGGAAUACAGGAAGGAGUUGUGCUUUCAGAGUCUCAGGUAAUUAAUGCCCUAAAGUGUGACAUCAUCCAUAGAUAGCUAGGUCACUGCAAUACGCCAUAUUCCGUCUAUGGAACUCAUUCUGACGGCAGGAGAACAUCAAUAUCCUGAAACAUGUACUCGGAUCCAUUCAUACAUUUCAAUGCAAACAGACCAUCUUGUGUUUGGCUGUCAUGGCAACAUGCUGCAACAUGUGUUGGAAUUGGUUCAGGCAUUUAUCUCAUUGUCACGUUUUAUUUUUUUCAUUUGGGUAUUAAUGUUUUUGCACUACACUUUUCAAACCAGGCAUAAUUGUGUUAUUUAAAAUAAAACAUGGAAUUGUUCAGUCAAUUAAGUUAUUUCUUCCUCGUUGUGCUUUUGGGUAAGAAUAAACGCCACGUUUUAAACCUCAAACUUUAAUCAGAGCUGCAUUUAUUAUGUUGUAAAUAAAGAAGGAUUUGAACAUG